AAACUAAGGGACUGGAAAAGAAACAACUAAAAACCUCGGCCCCACGGCACGCCGUACUUUAAAAGCCAUUGACCAUCCCAGAUUCUUUAUCCGACGUGUCAUUUGUCAACUGGCUGUUGUCGUUUACUAAUGUCACAGCCUGUCGCACUACCAUUCCAGUCUUCGCUACAUGGAGUAAACAAAAGUUAAAAAAAAAGGUUUGAGAUUUCUUUCCUCUCUUAUCGACUUCUCUUUUAUCAGCGAAUCGUUCGUUUGUUGUCUCCUCCUUCCCUUGUUCUGCUUAUCUGAGUUUUUGUUUCGGAGUCUUCGAGGUUUCCCUCAUUCGUUGCUUGCUUCCCACCGAAAACUCUCUUCUUCUGGAAUCUGAGUUCUAGUUUGCGGUUUCUGGGAUUGAGCAGAAGCAAAGUUGAUGUUUUGCUGAAGUACCCACAAGUUUUAUUGUGGUAAAGUUCUUUGUAACUUCUUUGUGUGAUUGAAACGCAGAGAGAAAUGAUUCUACCAAAGCAGUACCGUUGCACACACUCCCCUACCUGCCAAUGCACAAGAGGCCAUCUAAGCGAAGACGUCUUGUUACUAGUCUUCCAGCAUUUAAACUGGAACCCGAAACUAGUCGCAACACUCUCCUGCGUAUGCAAAUGGUUCGACGAUUUCGCCAAACGAGUCCUCUGGAAAGAGUUCUGCAAGACUCGCGCCCCCAGAAUGAUGCUCGAUCUGCAAUCCAGCGGCAGCCACUGCAUCGACGGCAACUGGAGAGCCCUAGGGAAGCUUCUCAUCUACUGCUCAGGAUGCACACAAGGCGGCCUCUUCAACAGCACGGUUCAAAUCCCUGGCCACUUUGUUUACAGAACAAGAUUCUCGAGAACUUUAGGGAGAAGCCUCCUGCCGCCUCAGUGUAGAACCGACGUGCUCUACGUUAGUGAUCCGUGUGAGCAUCUUGAUCAAGGAGAGGAAGGAGACGUGGGUUUGUUCCGAGGGAUAUUCAAGUCGUUUCCUACGUCUAGAGUCAGGAAAGUUAUUAUUAACAAGGCGGUUCCGUUUCAUCCGUCUGAGGUUUGUCCGUAUUGUAAAGCUAAACUGUGGAGCAUGCUCCAAGCUAAGAUCAUACCGCAGAGUGCUUGCAUUCGUUUGGAGGCUUAUGAAGACUGCAUUGAGUAUUUCGUUUGCCUUAAUGGUCAUUUGCUUGGUAUCUGCACUUUGGCGCCUUUGUCUGAUUCAGAGGAGGCGGUUCCUAGUGAAGAUAGCAAUCACACAGAGAAGAAACAAGACAAUGGCUUGGUUAAAGAAAAUGGAUUGAAAAGGAGACAUUCUUUGUUGGGUGGAAGUGAGAAUGGACCUUCGCCUCAAAAACGACUGACCAGUUCGAAUCAGUGUGACAUUGAUGUGUGAAAACGUUCUGUAAAUUUGUUGUCAUUUUGUGUAAUUCUUCUACUAACUCUAUUGCAUCUUCAGAGAUUUCAUUCAUUUUACAGUUAAGUUAUGAUCAACAGUUUACAUAAUCUCUGGUUAUGAUUUGUAUACACUCGCAUUGAGAUAAAUGUUAUUAUUGUGUUCUGUCA